GGCUGGCUUGACGGAUGUUUAAUCCUUGCACUUUUGAGCGAUGGAUCAGCAAUGCAGAAGAGAAGAGAGUGGAGGAGAGCAAGGGGGAGGGGGAGAGAGGGAGCCAAACGAACGGAAGGAGGGACAACUAAGUGCAGGGAGCUUCCCGGCUCCACUGGGGGCUAAGCCUCAUGAACCCAGCAGCGAUGGCCAUGAGGAUGGAUGGUGUUCAGGCUGCCGGGUGCCCCGUCCUCUUUGACUUCAACAGCUGGAGAAAGGACCUCAAGCACACGAUGAUUGGUUAUGGAGAGGAGUUACGGUCUCCCCAACACACUUGCAGUAUAUUUUUAUAAUGCCAGCACCAGUAGCUUGCUCUCUGCUCCAUACUAGCUUCAAAACUCAUUCAUGCCUGUGACUAGAUAAAUGGUUUCUUUACUGAAGAUGAUGAGACAUGGUAAAUGGUCACACAAUUUGUCCAGUGCCUGAAUUAUGUGGAUUUUUGAGAGCUCUACCAUAUUGUUUAUGUAAAUUCAUUUUAUAUUUUGUGACCUCAGCCACUCGAACAGCCAUGAAUAAGGCUGAGUUCAGUCAGUGUGCUUCUGUCACACGUGCCUGUUUAAUUCUGUUUGUGCCUCUAUUCGUGGUCUAUGACUCAAUAUGUAUUUCCGAAAGAUAUGGUGGGGCGGGGAGUCUCUAAACAGCCACGUCCUGAUUCAACCGUAUUUACAUCUCUGCCACGGCACUGCACACAAACAUGCACACGCGAUGUCAGCUCAGAUGAACCUCUCUGGCUCCUCCUCUCUGUCGCAGCCGAUGGUUCCAAGAAGAACAAGUUCUAGAAUGCAGAAUCUCCCACAUCUAGCUUGACUUUAUUAUUUGUGUUUGGCUGGUCGCUGGUUUCUGGGAUAUUGGCAUUAGUCUGACUCUGAAGCAAGAGUUUACAGGUUGUUAACGAGAAGGCCUUGUUAACAAAUCAAACUAUAAGAAAAACAUAAAUAUGUUGUGUUUGCCAUUACUUUUGUUAUUUACAACUACAGGCCAAACGAAGGCCAGGCGAAGGGGUUUACUAGGCUGCAGUUCCUCAAGCUAGAGGUCCCAGUUUGUUUGGACAACAUUAACCUAUUUUGUGAGAGGAGGAUGGAAUCCAUGUACUCCACAAAUGCAAGAUGCUCCAACUGAUCAGACUUGAUGUACCGGUUUAUAAUAGGUUUUAUCCAGCAGAGAUGCUGCUGUGUGUAUCUGGUUAGAGUCUCUGUGGACCGUGUCAGAUACAGAAUGGCUGCAUAAACAUUAAAACCUAUCAGAUGGUGUUGAAGAUUGUUCAUGGUUAUAGGUUUAAUAAUAGCAGUUUAGGGCUAAUAUAGCUGCAAUUUGGUGGAACAUUAUUGCAAAAUGCAACUUGGUAAUGAAACUAUAUUGCACAUUUUUAGGUUAGCUAAGUAGGAUGGCCACUGGGUCAUGAUGAGCCUAGUUUUCCCUUUGCUGCUGAAAAGACCAGUUUGCCAUGGACCUACCUAUCUAUCACUAAUGUUAAUCUUAAUCUUCUUUGCAUAAAUUAACCAAACAUAAAUCUUUGUCUCUUUGUCUGUCUCAGUCGCUCUAUCUUGCUCUCACUCCAAACAGUUUAGGAGGGGCAUCUGUGUGCUUGGCUGAUGUCUGGGCUGUGUGGCUCGGCUGGGCAGAGGGCAGAGUCCAGCUUGCCUCCCCUUUGGGCCAACGGUAAACAGCGGGGGGGCUAUCCAACAUCCAUGCCAAAGUCGCCCAGUCGUAGGUAGAAGUAGAGCUGUGCAAUGAAUCCUCGAAAAAUUGCGUUUCCCAGUACAGCUCAGCUCUGCGAUAAGGGCAAUUGGGUUUAUAAUAGGACAAAUCUGCUGCGUCAGAGUAAGGGAUAGCGAGUGCAUCAAUCCGAGCGGUGCUAUUUCCCUCCAUGAAGCCGGCAUCGUACUGACAGUGUUGUCAAAGGCAGAGGAGACGGAAACCAAAACAAAUGUUGAGAAAGCAAGGCGGAACAACUACAAAGAUGUUCCCUCCUUAGAUGGCUGGCUCGGCUGCUGAACAGCGGCGCUUCUCUUUCGGGCUGGGACUUUAUUUCGAGAGGAGCCCGGCUUUGGUAUAUUAUCUGGCAGCGGCAGACCCUGUCAUGUAACAAAGAACCCAGCGUGAUGCCCUGGUAUCACACAGGCCAGCGUGACUCUGUGUCGACUACGUAUCGCCUGCUGAGGCUCUGCCAGCCUCUCGUCUACACGCCCUGGCUGUGCCCUGGUAGCAACAGACGCAUGGAUGUUUGUGUCUGCCGUCAUUUUGGAGGUUUUCUCCCAUCCUCCCUCCGACAGCAAAGCAAGGAGGAAUGUUCUAGUCAACCCUGAUCCUUGGUCACCAGACACUGUGUUGGUGAGGAAGUCCAAGACGAAGCCCAACGGGAAGAAGCCCCCGGCGGAAGAGAAGAAGCAGUACCUAGAGCCAGAGUUCACAAAGAUCCGCGUGCUGGACUUCGAUGUCAAGGAGCUGGUGGUGCUGCCCAGGGAGAUAGACCUCAACGAAUGGCUAGCGAGCAACACAACGACGUUCUUCAACCUCAUCAACCUGCAGUACAGCACCAUCUCAGAGUUCUGCACCGGGGAGACCUGUCAGGCCAUGACCGCCUGCAACACGAUAUACUACUGGUAUGACGAGAGGGGGAAGAAGACCAAGUGUACCGCUCCGCAGUACGUGGACUUCGUCAUGAGUCUUUGUCAGAAACUGGUCACAGAUGAGGAGAUCUUUCCCACAAAAUACGGCAAGGAGUUCCCCAACUCGUUCGAGUCGCUGGUGAAGAAGAUCUGCCGGUACCUGUUCCACGUGCUGGCCCACCUGUACUGGGCCCACUUCAAGGAGACGGUGGCGCUGGACCUGCAGGGACACCUGAACACUCUGUACGCACAUUUCAUCGUUUUCGUCCGGGAAUUCAACCUGGUGGACCCCAAGGAGACCUGCAUCAUGGACGACCUGUCCGAGGUCAUCUGCGCCCCCGCACCCCCCGCGCCGCCCGCCCCCCCCUCCGCCACCACCUCCUCCUCCUCCCCUUCCUCACAAAACCACGUGACGGAGAGAUGAGCAGGCCUGGAGGCGGGACUCACCAUCCCCCCCCCCCCCCCCGCUUCCACAGGGUGGGGAGAAGAA